AUGUCUCUUUACAGAACAGAUGACAACUGGCAAUAUCAACAAGAUUGCUCAUGCGACCGUUGUUUGGAAUUUACCAAUAAUUCACCACCACAAAUUCUUUAUCAAUGUGAACAGUUUAUGUUUAAUUCCUCUGAAACGCCUCAAACUCAAGCUGUUAGCCAUAAUAAUCUUGACAUAGUUCCCCAUAUUAACCAGCCCCAGCAUCAAUUGAGUUAUCUCAAUAACCAACAAAGUCAUCAACAAAGUCAUCCGGUCAACAUGCCACAUACUCAACCUGUUAUUAGCCAGCAACAGUUAAUUUAUUUGGCCAACAUGACACAUACUCAACCUUCUCAUAUUAUUAAUGGUCCUAUUACUAAUCAGGUUCAAUAUCAACAACCAUCUUCUCAACCUCCACCGA